AAAAAGUGGAACGAGGAAAAGACGCGGUUACAAUCCUUCAGAAACUAUCCACAAUACGCUGGUCAACACCCUGCUGUCUUAGCUUUAAAUGGCUUUGUGUACUGUGGGAGAGGUAUCGAAGAUACCGUCCUGUGCAGCUUUUGCAGAUUUAAAAAGAGAGACUGGAAAGCCGAAGAUGAUGUGACGGUCGUUCAUAGAACGCUGUCUCCGAAUUGCCCGAUGGCAACGGGGCUUCGUUGCGACAACGUUCCGUUUUCCGUCCACUCAGAAGCAACCUACAGGGAUAAUGUCAGUGGUGGCAACGGCGGUGUACUGAUCCAAGGACGUCGCGCGUCGCAGGACAGGUCCGAAGACGUUGCCCUAGAUCCAGCCACCGGGGCGAGACGUUCAGGUUCACAAGCAGCUAGUGUCUCUCAGGCUGAACGCGCCCCGUCGAGAGGCUCGACGCCUCGGUCUUUCACGAAUCAAGGUGAGGGUCAAGAUGAAAACCCACCAAUGGAUCUCCAGCAGAACAGUCAUAGGGUGUUACCAUCAUUCCCAUCAAGAAUGGAAUCUUUUAUAGACACGAGCUUUCAGCAGGGUCAUCAGACUCCCUUGAACCUCGCCAAGGCCGGGUUCUUUUACUCAGGUUCGUUAGAAAUUACGAAGUUUAAAGAAACCUUUUUUGAAAUUGAUUUUUAAAAAAAAAAAAAAAUUGUGUGUGGAGAUUUUUAAGCAGAAACUAUUUUAAUAGCUUCUUAACCGAAUGUGUCUUUAAAAAAAAAAUUAUUUGAGCCAGCUAACUUUUCACCGAUCUCAACAUACUUAAUGAUUUUAAAAAUCUGUUUUUUUUUUGGUAAGGGGGGUUUGGGGAGUGGCGGGGGGUUUCAAUCAGGUUAGGUUAAAGAAAAUGAGCGAAUCAAGCAAAGCCUGAAAAAAAAAAGGACGCAACAAAGCAACGAACGUGUCGGCAAGAAGCCUUCUUCAGCAUACAAACAACAGUUACAACAAAAUAAACUAAAAAUAGCACUUAGACGUAAUGUAGUAUCCGAGAGGAAAGCAAAAGGAAAAAUAAUUCUUUUAAAAAUUAACAUGUUCCAUUAAGACAUGUCUUGAUGCUGCUGUUGGAUUUUUAAAAAUUUAAGCACAGAUUUAUAAAAUUAAACAGGUAAACGUUCUGUUUAAUUACCAAUUUGAAUGAGUAUGGAGAUAAAAAUAUGAUGAAAGAUAUCUGAACAGAAAGGUUGGACAAAAAAAUUAACAACUACGUUCGUAUAAAAUAUAUUCCCCCCCCCCACUAAACUUACCCUCUGGACAUAACAUUAAGUCAUACAUAAAAAAAAUUGAGCUUUAAAAAUUAAAAAUUGUAAAAAUAUCACCAUUAAUUAUAUUUUUUUUAAGGGAUCGCAGAUGUUACUAUUUGUUUCAAGUGCGGCAUUCGACUUCGACACUGGCAGCAGGGGGAGAAUGUGUGGAUUGAGCAUGCCCGGUGGUCUCCCACUUGUCCUCACCUCCUAAAGAUUUUAACAAGAGGAGUAAUCGACGCUGUUCAAAAACUACACGUAUCAAUGGGGAGAAAUCCUGUACGUUUCAAAUUACGGUACAGCAGUUGUCAAAGGAUUACAAACCAUCUUUAAUGUUACAGAUAUCGAUAAAGUUGAUAGUAGCUCAUUGAAAAAUUAUUAAUGUGGUAUCAACUAGUGAAGCUGUCCAAAUAUUUCAGGCACAUGUUGAAUCAAUAUCGUAUUUAAAUGAAGCUUUUACAUCGAUGCAGGUUAUUGUUAGGCUACAAAUAAUAACAUUUGAAACAAAUAAAAGUAAAUAAGCAUAAGACAGAUAUGUGUCAAUUUUCCGUUAAAACUGAAAUACCUAGCGAAAAUGUAGUAAAUUUUAACAAUUCUCAUAAUUUGAUGAUUGGAAUCCAUAAAAUCUGACCACUUCACUGGCAGACCGUGUCGUUCUAUAGCGCUGUUCCCUUGCAUCUAAUUCCCAUCUUAUUACAUUCAAACGUUCACGCACUGAUUCCAACUGUGUGUGAAAUUAAAUUUAUUUUUGUUUAAUUGGAAAAAACCCACUUAAUUAAUUAUUGGAAUUUUAAUUGAAUGUAAAACAACACCUUACGCUUUCAGCCUUAAUUUUGUUUUCUUUGUAGAAAUUUCGUUAAUAUAUAUGCAGUUUGCAUCAUAAACUUAAUUUUUUUUAGACAAUAAUAGCAGUAUAAAUACAUUUCAGUGUAACACUCAUAUGUUAGUGACAAAACAAUUGAAUACUUUGUGUGUGUGCUUUUUCAUAGGUUACAAUCACAUUUAAUAUGGUGGCCAGAGUAAUCAGAGAGAGCAAAUCACAAAUAUGUACAGAUGAAUCAUGGCAAGCUUCACCUGCCAGUGGUGUAACAACAGUUUCACCUGCAAGUGAUGUACCAAUACCUUCAACUGCCAGUGAUUUACCAGUAGCUUCACCUGCCAGUGGUGUACCAGUAGCUUCAACUGCCAGUUGUGUUCCAAUAGCUUCACAUGCCAGUGGUGUUCCAAUAGCUUCAACUGCCAGUGGUGUUCCAAUAGCUUCACCUGCCAGUGGUGUUCCAAUAGCUUCAACUGCCAGUGGUGUUCCAAUAGCUUCACCUGACAGCGGUGUACCAAUUGCUUCACCUUCCAUUGGUGUACCAAUAGCUUCAGCUGUCAGGGUUGUAACAAAAGUCUCACCUGCUACAUGUGUAACAACACUUUCAACUGCCAGUGGCGUAACAAAAGCUUCAUCUGCCAGUGGUGUGCCAGUAGCUUCACCUGCCACUGGUGUACCUAUAGCUUCACCUGCCAGUGGCGUACCAACAGCUUCACAUGCCAGGGUUGUAACAAAAGCCUCACCUGCUACAUGUGUAACAACACUCUCAACUGCCAGUGGCGCAGCAACAGCUUCACCUGGUAGUGGUGCAGCAACAGCUCCAAGAUACCCUUCCUCGGGUCCACUACCCGCCCCUGGCAGUACACUAACAGGUGCAGGAACCAGGUCACAGUGUGUUGCACAUCUAGACACCUUGCUUCCGGAUGAUGCAAGUCAGCUGAUCAUAAAAAUGACCAUGCCGCGUCAUGAACAGUACACACUGAAUGAACACCGAAGAUCAACAUACUCCAGGUGGCCAUCGGCAGAGGUUAUGAGUCCAGAUCAUUUGUCGAGUUCUGGAUUUUUCUACACUGGUGAGAACACCUAUACGUUUAUCUUAACUCUAGUUUCAAUUACAAUAUUUAAAAAAAAUUAAUUAAACUAAUAAUAAAUAUGUCCUCACAAAUAUAAGGCUAAAAGCAGACGACGUUUUUAAUUAUUUUUUUUUUUAAACCAGGAAUACUUUUCUUGUUGAACAUGCUUUGCCUGUUGGUGAUGGGCUUAACGAUUUUACUUGUAUUUUUAAAUGUAAAAAAAAAUAAUAUUUCAGUUCUUCAUACUUGCAUCCCAGCGUUUAAAAAUGAAUCUUGGUUUAUUUUUUAAGCUUAGCCUAACAAAUGUAUGGCACGCGGUAGUAAAACAAGAAAUAAUGAGAUAUUAAUUAAUAUUUUUUUUUAAUGGACAAGGUCAACAUGAUUGCAUUGUCUGUUUCCUAUGUGGUUGCAAACUGAAAGGGUUACAGACUGAAGACAGUGUACAAAUAGAGCAUGCACUGCGGUGCCCCGGAUGCCCUCGUCUUCGGCUACAAAUGAGUCAAUGCUUUGUUGACACUGUGCAAAGUCUUGCAAGACGCAAUGAUCACGUAAAUAAUUUAAUUUUUUAAAGUGAACAAAAAAAUCGAUUUUCGAUUUAACAGUCUUGUUUAUUUGAUUUAACAGUAACCAUUGAGAUCAAACAAGUCAAGGGUAUUCAAUUUUGCACAAUUAUGUGUAUUUAUGUUUAAUGUAGGUUAAAUAGUUUUUGAGAAAUGAUUGAAACAUUGAAGAUGAAACACACUUGUCUAAAAUGGCCGUGUGUAGUUGUAUUGAGACUUGACACAUCCAAUGCCACGCCCACCCAGAACAGGUCAGAAAUUAAACUGAAAACCAUCUAAUGCAGCGUUCCCCAAACGGUGGUCCUUGGACCGGCAACGGUGGUCCGUGGACCGGCAACGGUGGUCCGUGGACCGGCAACGGUCCGCAAGCCUUACGUUACCGGUCCAGAGAGCAUGAAUAUUGAUGUUUAAAUAGAAAGAAAAUGUAAUGAAUAAAUCUGGCACCGGUCCCUGGUGCAGUUUCGAAACUUUUCCAAUGGUCCGUGAAACUGAAAAGUUUGGGAAACGCUGAUCUAAUUGAAUAAAUUAUUUGGGUCAAUUCAUGUGCUCUGCGCCAUGCGUUUGCAUGUGUCGGAUUCUUUCCCUUUGUUGUUACAAGAGUUAACUUUUCCUCAUAACGUUGUUUUAAAUUAUAAUUUCUUUGGUUGGAAAAUUAUAAUUUUAAAAUUUCACUGUUUUGUUAAUUAUAAUUUUAAAAAUGCAUUGGUUGGUUAAUGAUAAACGGCUCUUUCGAAAAGGGGUUCAAUUAUUGCAUUCUCAUUGUAUGAUUUUUGACACACUUUUUGAUGUCUUUUUGGUGGAACCUUGAAAUAAAGUGUGUAAAAGGGUAAACUACCACUUGAGUGUCGGCUACAGAGGCGUAGCGGGGGGGGGAGGCAGGGGGACAGAUGUCCCCGGGCGCCAGCUAGUUAGGGGCUCCAAAAUGUGCUUUGAAAUUAUUUUAUUGAUGAAAAUAAUGGGUUUGAGAGUUGUAAAAAAGAAAAAGGGGCGCUUUAAAAUCGAUCUUGUCCCCGGGCGCGAAUCUCGUUCCCGGGCGCCAAACAGCCUCGCUACGCCUCUGGUCGGCUACAAAAAGAAAUCCAGUUGUUCCGGCUUGAAGUUCUAUUUAAACAAUAAUUUUCCUCAUGAAAUACAACCAUGGACAGAGGAGAGAGGGUCACUCGGUUUUCGGUGGCCUAUAAAGAAGGGAAAAUCGGCAUAUAGACUCUAGAACUGAAAAUCGGCACAUAGACUCAAGAACUGAAAAUUGGCACAUAGACUCUAGAAAUGAAAAUUGGCACAUAGACUCUAGAAAUGAAAAUUGGCACAUAGACUCUAGAACUGAAAAUCGGCACAUAGACUCUAGAACUGAAAAUAGGCACAUAGACUCUAGAACUGAAAAUCGCCACGUAGACUCUUCGCCGAUGACAACGCAUUCUUUUAAAUUUUUAUCCCCAUUCCAAAUCCCCCAAAAAUUAGUUUGUACUGUUCUGCAAUGGGAAGAUGUAGUAAAUGUGAUGUGAAGAUUUCUUAAGAACAGUAGCCACCACUAAGUCGUACAAAAAUGCAUAUCAAGGAUAAAUACGAAAAACAUUUUUUAGGGUGUUGUUUAAUGUUACUUUCUAUCCUAGGCAUUAGGAUGAAAUGUUGGGUCAUUUUUGCUAAAUAUUUCUUUAAACUGAACACAAUAUAAUUGUUGAAACUAUUAUCCGUAUUUUGAAAUAUUUGUGUUUCUGUCAUUAGGAAAUCAUUUCUGUGUUUCUCAGCCGUGAGGUGCGCAGAGAGUCUUCGCCAUUGAAUCUCUGUGAGUUGUUGUUGUUGCUGUUUUUUGUGCGAAAUUUUGAGAAAUCGAGGAAUUUAACAUUUAAUAUUUGCACUUUGACAGUAAAAGUAAUAAUAUGUGAUGAAGUAAAAUAUUUUUUUUACUAAGCUUGCUGGCAUCCGUCCGUCACUAUGUGACGAUGGUGUGGGCUUCGGAGGACGAAAUCCACAAGGCCUGGUAUUUUUACUAUGCUACAUCACAAAUAUAAGACAAAAACCGUUAUAUAAUAUUAAAACCUUAUUAUUGUUUUUCCUUUUCCUUCUAAGAAAGGGUGGAAAAAAAUACUUGUUCCAGAAGUGAAAUUACCAUAAGUAUAGGCCAUAGGCUAUUACAUAUGGAGGUAAAAUUUGUUUUAAAACUUAUAAAACUCUUUAGUUAUUCAAAUUAUAUCUCGUCACCAAAAAAACCACCAAAAAAACCAUAAACAACCCACUUUAAAAAGGUGAUCGGCUUCGAGAGGAUCCAGCUGUUAGAGCUGUUAGAGAAUUGGGAUACCCGAUGGAACAUGUCCUGGAGAUCGCCCAAUCGCUGAAGAUGGAAGGUAUGGACACACGUUGGAUGACUUCUGCUAUUAUUCAUGUGUUGAGUUUGUUUGUUUGUUUUUUUUUGCGUGUGGUCAUUUUAGCCUUUGACGCGGUCACAUUAAACUACUGUGAGCUGGUCUAAGCCAGUAAGGGCCCAAGCUCCUGGGCAGUGUUUCUUUCAGACAAUGGCCUGGGGGGGGGCGGGCAGUUCCAAUGGUAAGAUCUCAUACUAGCGUGGGCACCUAAAUGGGCUUCGGGGGUAUUAAAUGGACACAAAUUGGAUUUUAGAAUUGGGGGGUGAAUGGGGGGGGGGUUAAUAAAUGAAUAUUGUCCCCUGGUGCCAAACACUCUAGCUACACCUCUGCCAGGACCGUAGAAAGUGGGGCGAAUGGGGUGGCCCUCCCAUGUGUCAAUUUUUAAUCAUAAUAAGAGGCGGCAAUUUUUUAUAACUGCAGAAAUAUAUUGUGAAAGGGAGAGAAGAAGUAGGGUCUAUGGAGUCACCUCCCCAGAAAAUUCGUGAUCAUUACAAAAAUCAAGUGGUGCAAUUUCGUGUAUACUUGAAAUCAGUGUUGCUAUUGAUGGGAGAGGAAUUUUUUUAAACUUUCGGAGGAGGCAUAACAGCACCCAGCGUCAUACAUAAACGAAAUGAAUUCAGUUUAAACUGGAAUGAAUUCAAGUUUUGGCGCGCCCGAGAGUAUUCAUUCGGCAAACCCUUAGUUUAACCCCAUACUGUGACACUGAUCAGCGUGAGCAUAAAGGAGUACAUAAUUUGAGGGCGUCGAAGACCCUCGGGCAAUUUAAAAAUGCAGUGAUGCAUUCAGGCACAUACUUGAAUUUGUUUUUUUGUUUUUUUACAGACAAUUUUGUGUGAUUGAUUCCAUUUUAUUCUGGUCCAAGGCUUUCAAUAUAAAAAUGCAUAUAAUAUAAUCUUAUUAUAAGUCAUGUUAAUUACAUACAAACUAUUGGUAUAUAAACAUUUAUUUUUUAAAAAAAGCAAGACUCAUUAAAUGUUAUGUGCAGGGUUUAAGUGAAGACAAUAAAAACAAUUGUUUUAAAUGUUACAGAAUGGUGUCCAAGGAGAGUUAAGAUCAUUAUUGGAGUAACAAGCGAGAAUUAGAAAUUGAUUUCACAAUAUUUCAACUCUUUUCAAUUACGUUUUUUUUAAAAAAAAAUUUCAAACGCAAGAACUCUUAUUAUGAUGAUGUUGAGCUUUUUUUUUUUUUUGCUACUUUUGACUGGAGUCGAUAUUGAAUGUCAUGUCACGUUUACAUUUUAUAAUAUGUUUCACAUAAAACCGAAAUGAUACAAAACAAUCCUGUUUAUUUUAUAUUCUAUUCAUUUGAGGAGGACCCUUUUCUGCAAAAUCUCUGUUAGAGAAAAUAUCAUCGCAAAGAAACACAAUUGGAAUAGACACAACUCUAUCUACGCGAGAGUGGGGUAAGCACCUUUGUUUUAUGUCUGUCUCCCCUCUAAAGAAUCCUGCACGUCGGAAUGAAUUAUUUAUCGUAAUAAUUUAUACUGUCCCUGGAAUAUCAUAACCUUAACGCUACGCAAACUAACUUUCGUUAAAAAACGUUCUUUGUCCAUGCGUCUUGAAAUAAUAGAGUCCCUCAACUUGAUGGUCAUCCUGCAUCAUUCAUUGGAUAGGGCUGCCUUUUAAAUCCUUGAUGUUAACUUCGCAAAAAUCCGUUUUUCCUGUUUUUCAAGGGAAAAAUAAAGGAAAUAUGAUGACACUGACUUCACAAAAUAAAAUUCCAGAUAACUGCACAAAAUGAGAUUUAAAAAAAAAUAAAAAAAUACAAGUACAUUUGAUGCGUAAUAUUUUCUUUUGUUGAAAUAGUUGGUGAAAUAAAUCUGCUGUGCAAAAGCGACAGGUCAUAAGAAUAUUAAUGUAAUUCAGGGGCGUCGGAAAAAAAUUGUGAUUUGCAAGCCUUGGAGAAGGCACUACUUGUGACUCUUACAGGGUGUGUUGCUAGAAUGCAUGUUUUGUCAAAUUUUCAGUCCCAACCCCCCCAUUCUUCUUCCCUUCUUAUGCGUUUUGAACCCGUCUGGGACAUAGGCCGUUCACAAGAAUUUUCCAUUCAUCAUGGUCCCGUGCUUUCAUUUCCAGUGACUUCCAGGUGUAUCCCAUACUUUGGCGUGUCUCCUUGUAUUCUUUGGCCUUCCUCUCAUUGCUCGAUAUUUUUUUUAUUUUAUAAUUUAGCAACAACAUUUUGAGGGUCAGAUGCAUCUCGAGCUCUGAAUAGAUAAAACACUGACAUAUAUGAGUAGAACACUUAAAGAGACGACUAAAACAAACCUUGCACUGUGUGGAGCUGACAACUAACAUUACGAUUAUGUGUAAUCCGGUUUUUUUAAAGGAAAAAAAAAAGAUUUUUUUCAUUCCACAAAAGUUUAUGAUACAAAUGUGAUUAGAACUGAUUUCAGUUUGAGCAUAAUUCAUUUGCUAAUUUUUAAAAAUGAUAAUAAUUAUAUAAAAAGCAUUGUGGAUUUUUUUUUAUUAAAAAAAAAGUGUGUUUUUUUGUUUGGUAUUUUAGGGUUCUUAAUAAAUAAUAAUACUAUUUUUUUUUCAAAAAGCCAACAUGAUUCGUUUAUGUAAUAACUAAUUAACGUGUUUUGUGGCAUUGUGGCUGUUUGCGGAUUAUCAUUAUCAUUAUUAUAAUUGACUUUGUUGCGUAUUUUUUAAAUCUUAUUUUAAUCUUAUUUUCUUCACUGAAUAAGUGUAGUCCACAUCAUUAAAGAUCAAGUACUAAACAUACUAAAAUGUUGAUAUCUCAUAAACUACCCAAAUUUUAAUCAUUUUUUAAAUAUUAUUUAGGCAGAGAGGAGUUCUGUACUGAUAAAAUGUAGAACUGAAAGUAAGCCCUAAACUACUUAGGUAUUUCUCAGUUCACCAUGAAAAAAUAAUAAUUAAUAUUAAAUUGUGCUGAACAGGAACUGUAUUUCUUUAACUUUGUUUUACCCACAGCAGCAAUCAGUUCACGGCAGCCGCGGAACGCACAGACACGGCAUCAGUUCCAAUGUAAAAUAUGCCUGGUCAAUGAAGUGGCAGCCAUCUUCUUGCCUUGUGGGCAUUUGGUAUCUUGUGAACUCUGUGCGACCGAGCUUAAAAAUACAUGUCCCAUCUGCAGGGGUCCUAUAAAUUACAUUGUGCCUUUUUACUUUCGAUAUUAACUUUUUAACUCAGGGCUAGAUCCACUUACUUGUUUUUAAACAGUUUUAUUUUAUUGUUGACCAUGAUUGGAUUGACCACAAAAAACAACAAAAACUCUUGCUCUAAAAAAAAACAACACAUUCCCCAGCCAAUUGUGCAGGCUGAAGUCAGGUUCAUGGGCAUUUUCCCUAGUUUUCUCAAUGUGCCCAAACAUUGAUAUUAGCUUUCAAAUGUAAUCGAUGAUGGAGGGUGCAGGUCACCCAUUAGAGUAAAGAGUGUUUAAAUUUAAAGAAUUCACAAAAAGAAUAAAUACAAAAGCGAAACACUGACAUAAUAAUGCUAUAAAAUGAUACGAUCAAAUGAUUCAGCAAGUCCAGCCAAUCUAUGGUUAUUUUAUACUGUGUUAAACACAGGUUACUCUUACAUCAAUUAAUGAAACAAAUUAUUUAUCUGCCAAGGAAGGAUAUAAUAUUAUUUAUUAAGCAUCACACAUCUUAUUUAACAGCAGAUAAGAGCAACUUAAAGGGAAAGAUAAAAUAUUAAUUGAGGAAUUUUAAAAAAAAAAAGACUGUUUUACUGAAGCAUUAGCACUGGUGAAUAAAAGCUUGCUGAUCCCCCAUUAAAAUCAUGAAUUUGUUGCUGUGUUGUUUCCGAAACGAAAUCAAAUUCGCAAUUGACAUUACAUUUAUUGUACAUUUUUUUUUUGCUAACAAAAACCAACCCAUUAACUUUCGAUGUUUUUUUUUUUCUCAUAAAGAUCCUAUCCCCAGAUAUCUGAUCAUUUCUAGUGUUGGGCUUAUUUAAAAAAAAAACAUUACAAAUCGUUGGCAUGUCAUUAUUUGGAAAAUACGAUACUUUUGAGUAUGAUUUGUAUAUCGAAAUGAUAAAAACAUAACUUCAAUAAUUUGUGAUUGUCACAGACAGUCUUCAUUUUUCUCUAAAUUUAAAAAAAAAAUGUAUUAUUUGUUUAAAAUGUAUUUGCUUUCUGCUGUUCAGUCAUUUGGUAAAGCUUUUUGAUACAAAUGUCCGAGGUAAAGCUGUAUGAUACAAAUGUCCGAGGUAAAGCUGUAUGAUACAAAUGGCCGACGUAAAGCUGUAUGAUACAAAUGUGUAAAUGUCCGAGGUAAAGCUUUUUGAUACAAAUGGCCGAGGUAAAGCUGUAUGAUACAAAUGUGUAAAUGUCCGAGGUAAAGCUGUAUGAUACAAAUGUCCGAGGUAAAGCUGUAUGAUACAAAUGGCCGACGUAAAGCUGUAUGAUACAAAUGGCCGAGGUAAAGCUGUAUGAUACAAAUGGCCGAGGUAAACAUGCCUGCAAACAAGAAUCAUGGGAAUAAGUUUUUUUCUUCAAAUCAGUCCUCAUUUUUUUGUAAACAUUUUGUUUUGUUAGUUUUUUAAAAUGUGCGCAGCUUUUAUAUAAAUGAUGAUUAGAUAAUUAUCUGGUCUCAAAAUUUUAUGUAUAGAACAAAAACAAUUAUUAUUUAACUCCUCUGCUGGAUCAGAUUUCCUAUUACCGUUACAUUAACUGUAAAUUAUAUAUUUAUAUUUUGUAUAUUGUAUAAAUAUGUAUAUUUAAAACCUUAGCUGAUCAUUACUUGUUUUAUAUUAAUUUACAUGUGUCCAUUUUUGAGUAACUUGCCAAAAAUAAAGUGAGACUUUGGGAUGACUUGACACCUUCAUAUGUCAGUAUUGAGUAACCGGGUAUUUUUUAUAUGACAUAAAGAUCAUAUUGAAUUACCGGGUGAUAUUUAUUUAUCUAUAAGGCAUUAAGACUAUAUUGAAUUUACCUGUCGAUCUCAGAAACAACCAGACACUGGAGUCCUUUAAAACCGAUUUAAAGACACAUCUAUUUCGCAAACACCUUCUGGGAUGAUUAUCUACCUUAUUUUCCAGUUAAUGCAUAUCGGCUGUGUUGCUUGGGGUUGAAAUGGCGAGAAAGACUUUGACAUUGUAUGCUGGUAAUUAGUUUUUGUAGUGUUGCGUUUGUUUUAAAAUGUGGUAAAUUAUAGAUUUGUUUUUUGUUGACUUUGUACCGCGCUUCGAGCCUUUGGGGAUGAAGCGUAUUUUUGAAAUAAACUUUAUUAUUAUUAUUAUUAAUAAUAAUUAUAUAGCAUUAAGAUCAUAUUGAUAAAAAUUGUACAUUUUUAGAGAAACACUUUAAUAGAGUUCUUAAUAAGCGGAUAUACUUAAGCAAAGCUAUCUUGUUUCUAAUAAGCUGAAAAUGUUUAGCUUUUAUGAUCUAUAUGCUUUACAGAUAAAAUAAAUUAAGAAUUUAUAUUGCUAUUUUUGCAAGAUUCCCAGCACACAUCAGCUCUUCCAAUUGAAAUAAUAAAAUAAAAUUUUUGAUUGCAAAGAAUAGUUAAGGAAAAGCAAAGCAAUUAUAUAAAGCUUACCUUGAUAAUAUAUAUUUUGUUUUAAAUUGUUUGGUUGGGGGGGGGGAAUUGCAUUUAAUAUAAAAGUAUUUAUUUAAAGGUUAUUUUAAAAUUGUAUUAUGUAUACCAGUGUAUGAG